CUUUAUGGCCGUACUGUUAGCGCAGUGCUGGAGCAAGGGAUCUAUUCGACGACAUACAUGGGAGGCGCUCAAACAUCUCCUUCAGCGUUGCACAGUCUCGUGAACACACACGUUUUGGCUGUAGUCGGUGCAGCGUGUUUUACCAGCAGCGUUACCAGAACGCUGUCCGUGGCGUUCCUGAUCUUCGAACUCACUCAGCAGGUAUUACAAAGAAUGGAAAUACAACACUUACAGAGUUAGAGCCUCUAAGAUUGAUGAAGAAAACUCAUAAAGAAGCCUCAGGAUUGAUGAAGUACACCCGUAAACAAAUACUGGGUGCAUAUAUCAUCAUCAUUAACUCCUCAUAAAAUGAUCAAUUUCGAUACAACUCUCCAUUGAAGCGAUAUAUUAUACUCCAUAACUUUCUUCAUCUUUAAUAUCCACAUCUUCUCAUCGUCAUCGCGAUCACCUCCAUCCUCAGGGCCAGAAUUCGGUGGUGAUGCUGUGUGCUUUGUGUGUGUCCAACCUGGUCACUGUAAUGUUGACCCCACAUUCACUCUACGACUUGUUGGCGGAUGCGGGUAGACCGAAGAGCUAGCCUACCUAAUAUGAAAGAACUACCG